AAUCACGGGGGUGGAAAAAAUAAUCGGGUUUUUCUUCGCUAUCGUAGAGAGAAGAAGAAGAAGAAGAAGAAGAAGAAGAAGAAGAAGAAUUAAGAAGAAGAAGAAGAAGAAUUAAGAAGGAGAAGAAGAAAACAAAAUGAAAUAUCUUCUGCUGUUGGUUUUCUUGUCUGUUAUCGCCAGUGGUUAUGGCCUCAAGUGUUGGGCAUGCACCGGGUCAGAAGAUGACUGCUCAAAAGAGAAACUAGCGGAUCAUAAAGAUGAACGCCUGAAAACAUGUGGCGAUGAUAACGACUCGUGUAUGAAGUCGAAGGCUGAAGUUGAUGGUAAUACAGCAGUUGCCAGCAGCUGUUCAACUAAGGAAGCCUGUAAAUUAGCCCAGGAAGUAUGUGAAAAGUCUGGUGAAUGCGAAGUCGGCUGUUGUGACUCCGACGAAUGCAACGCCAGCUCCGCACUCUCCUUCAGUGUGAUUUUGAUGGCCGCGUGCUCUGCGUUUGGUCUGGCACUACUGAAGUGAUCCAAGUCAAAGAAAACUCACUACCAUUGUUUGAAAAUUUUACGUAGUAUGUAAUACCGGUGUAAUUUGCUAAGGGAACGUUUUUGAUUACCCUAACAAUGAACAAGCGCUUUGUAUAAGCAUCAUUUUCCUUUGGUAGUAAAUAAAGAAUUUUGCACUAAGAUUUCUGUGGUGUACAAAUUAUUUUAUAUCAGCAAAACAGAGGGAAUUAAGCGCGCGUUAUUUAUUGACUAGAGUCCUUGCAUGGCAACUCAGCCCUCACAUUGCACUUCACAUUGGUUUUCAUACGUCACAGACGGCGGCUAUGUUCUCUGUCACUAAUCAUGGCCGAGGCUUUUCUUUUUUUUUUUUAAAAAAAAUUAAACUGUAUAAAUUACAUCACAAUUACAAUUACAUUUGGCAAAGGCUCUUGCUCGCAGCUGGAUGCGGUCCUGGUUUUUGACGGAUUGGUACUAACCAUUUCAUAUUAGAAAGUAAUACAACCUAGGAGCCCAUUUUACUUUACCCAAGUUCGCAAUUAGUCAAUCAGAAGCGGUGUAUACUGUCUUCGUACACCCUUUUUUUCCCCAAAGAAUAAAGAAUAUUGUUUCUCCGGCCCAGGCUGAAUAU